AUGGGGACCGUCGUUGCGGCCCACAACACUGCAGCAACCCUCACCAAUAGGCUCCUCCACAGGAUAGUGGAUCUUGAAUUGGAGGUCGAGGACGUCUCCAAUCGAUCAAGACGCAACAACCUGCGCAUCCGUGGCCUACCGGAGACCGUAGAGGAGGCGGACCUCGAGGUAAGUCUGGUCUCUUGCUUCUGAGGGAGCCUGCCAGAUAUCCCUGACCACCUCUGGAUUGUGGACAGAGUGCACAAGGGGACUGAAGAACAGCCCCCCCAGAGAUGUCAUCAUGAAGUGGCACUACUACAAGACCAAGGUAGGCCAUACUCCGACAUAGCAGAACACAGGCCUACGAGCAUGAUGGCAUUGCCAUCCAACUUUACCAGGGCGUUGCUCCGGCCACACUCCUUAGGAGGAGAGAGUGGAAGCCAGUAACAGACCUGCUGCGAAACAACGGCCUACACUUUGCCUGGGGAUAUCCCUUCAAGAUUCUGGUUUUCAAUGGCCCAAAACUGGCAGUGUUGCUUCCCUCGACGGACAUACCCACCUUUCUGACAGACUUGGACAUUGAACUACCCAAGGACUUCCGCGUUCCAUCCAACUGUCCAGGGACACUUUCACUGCUUCCCGAUCUCGGAAACAUCCACCGCCGCUGA